AUGAAGACGGCUGACAAGGGUUCUGCGAGUGGCACGGGGCUGCAAGGCAGACGGCAGCUCAUCCGUUCCCCCGGACCUGGCCGUGUCUCAGCUCCUGAGCUGCAGCACAGACAGCUGGUCGCUCUCCCGCUGGUCACCGACACCCACAAGCAUCACUACCGGGCUGAUCACCUUCCUCCUUGCAACGCCCCGAAGGGGAAAGGCUCUGGAAAGCAGCGCCAGACCCACCGACACCCUCUUGGCUGGGAUCUGCCCAGCCCUGCGACCUGGGGUGUUUGCGUGCCUGGGGACAGGGGGUCCCGUUUGCGGGCGCUGUGGCUCGGGGUGCGGUUUCGUGCGGUGCCGGGUCCGAGCCCUCGUGUCCGCGGCUCCCUCGGAAGGGCCCCCGUGCCCUGUGGGCAGCCGUGGCUUGUGUUGCGCAAACACAGUGGGGUAGGAAGCAAAGAGGUUCUUGCACCGUCCCAGGAGAGGACCCGACAGAGGCUACAGAGCAAAACCCUCCCUAGUGUUGAGGAGGAGCUUGGUCAGGAGAUUACAGAAGUUUGUGGAGCCAAGCGUGUGGGUUAUUUUGGUCCUGCUCAGUUUUAUAUUGCUUUGAAGUUAAUUGCAGCAGCACAGUCAGGGCUCCCAGUACGGAUUGAGAGCAUUAAGAAUGAAUUGCCUCUGCCGCGGUUUGUUGCGCUGAAAAAUGACAGUGAAGUACGUUAUGGGACUCCAGCAGAACCCCAUGGAGUUAAAUUUCAGGUUCCACAUGCAACUUUGGAAAAAAAUUCCUACAAAAGAACAGAUGAAGGGGACAAACAGGAACCCAAGUCUCCAUCAAUGUCUCCAAUCUGCUCACCUCCUGCUUCUCCAUCUACGUACCAGAGAAUACCCUUAAGUUAUGGAUAUGGUAAAUCAAGAAGCGGGCCAGAGCAGCAGCAUGGAGCUCCUUAUGAAGUCAGACAUUCUACUCACCAGCAAGAUGGACAAUCAUCAGGGAAUUAUGGAGCCAAACCUGCAGUCACCUGUUCAAUUCUUAAUCGGUCUCUUUCAGCAGAGCGGGAGCAGCAGGACAGCAGCACCCACUACUCAGAUGACCCUUGGAGGAUAACAGAGGAGCAACGAGACUACUACAUCAACCAGUUCAGGUCCCUGCAGCCUGACCUGAACUCCUUUAUUUCAGGUUCUGUGGCAAAGAAUUUCUUCACAAAAUCAAAGCUCCCCAUCCCUGAGCUUUCUCACAUCUGGGAGCUGAGCGAUGUGGAUUGCGAUGGGGCGCUGACGCUGCCGGAGUUCUGUGCUGCUUUCCACCUCGUGGUGGCGAGGAAGAACGGGUACCAGCUGCCGGAGACGCUGCCAGAGACGCUGCUGCCCGAGUACCUUCAAGCAGCUUCUUUGAAGCCCAUUCAUGACUGUGCACUGUUUGAUUCUUAUUCUGAGUUGUUGCCAGGUGGUCAGCAGACUCGGGACUUCAGUCGGACGGAGAAGGCAUCUGCUGAAGAGGUACCUGACAACUCUGCCCUGUUGCAAGACUCAAAGAAAGAUGACAAACAAGCUCUUAAAGUAAGCACUGUUCUCAAAACGAUACCAAAGGAAUUCCAGCACUUGACUGUGAAAACAGCUGCUCAGGAAUCUUACGCACUGAAAGCCAGACCACGAUCCAGGUCAUAUUCUAGCACAUCAAUAGAAGAUGCCAUGAAAAAGGGAGAAGAGCCCCCUACUCCACCUCCAAGGCCACAGAAAUCACAUUCCAGAGCUUCCUCUUUGGAUCUAAACAAAAUAUUUCAACAAAAUACACAAGCUGUGAGGUCUGGCUGGCUGCCCCCACCACCUCCUGCACUGCCCCCUCGGCCUUCUGUGUCUCAGACAGAGCCAGUAUCUGAGGUUGAAUUACAUCCUCAAAUGAAUAGACCCCCAUCACAGGCAGAAGAAAGCAGUUCAGCAAAAAAGGAGGUUGUUCUCGCUCAGCCGCCCUCCAAACCCGCCCGCAGGAAGCUCCGGACUGAGACACAGGGGCUGGAGACCCCUGAGCAUUCUCCCACUAUAAGUGUGACUUCUUCCUUGCCAGUAGUCAAGCCUCACCUCCCAGUUCAAAAACAGUCUUCCAAGCAGAAAAGGGCUAUUCAGACUGCCAUACGAAAAAACAAAGAAGCCAAUGCUGUGCUUGCCAGGUUGAACAGUGAGCUCCAGCAGCAGCUGAAGGAGGUUCACAAGGAACGAAUUGCCUUGGAAACGCAGCUGGAGCAGCUACGUCCCGUCACCGUCUUGUGA